CACACUGAAAUUAAAGUUUAAUUAUUUGUCACAUACUGCAUUGAUUAAUUCAUUUUUCUAUGAAGAUAGAGGUUUUAAGGUCCUUCUGGUAUUUCUGUUCUCCUCAUGGUUCCUCUUCUGUUCACAGAAUUCUUUUAUCAGCUAUGAGGCUGUGCACAAACUUGGAAUUUCCCAGCCAGUUCAGUUUUUACAGGAAAUAAAUUCUGCAGAAUUUUCAAGAUCAUUGACUUUUGAAAGUGAUUAUGCUGACCUCGAUAGUUUUCCUGUGGUUUUUUUUUUUUUUUGGAUUAAUUUUUCUUUUCUUAUGCUCCAAUUUAGUCCAGCUAUCCUGAAGCAUACCUUCAGUUACUGCAUUUGUUCAUCCCUCAAUGACAGAUGUUGGAUUCAGCUAUCGAGGAUACCACUGAACGUUGCAGCUGGGGAAUCAGGAGGAUGACUGUUCAGCUCAUAGAAUUCUGUCUAAAAGGGAACUUCUGGAAAGCAAACUGCCGGCACUGAAGGCUCUGGUCUUGGGCACCUGACAGUCCUAGAGUUGGGUUGGAAUCCAAUCUUUGGAUUCAGCAGUUUUUUCUCUACUCUUAAGGCUCCAACUUUCUUGAAUUCUUCCAUUUUAAGAUCAAUGCUGUUAAGAAACUCUUGAUCACAACUUAUGGGAGGAACAGAGAUUGUACUGACAUGAGCUUUGCUCCAUAUAAAAUGUUGAGAAUGCA